AUGGAAAACCAACCACAACGACACAAAGCCCGACAUAAGAACUCUCAAUCGGUCAAAUCUACGGCCGGCGAGCAAUCACAACCGCCAAAGAAUCUGCCAACCAAGAAGCCACCGUCCGCUCCUCAGACAGGGACGGUGGCAACUUCGUCGUCUAAAGCCACCACUAAGAAACCAGUUACAGGAGAGACGACAACCACAAUCUCCGCUAUCCCGCCUACUCCCUCAACCACAGUUCCACCACCGGGCAACGAAUCUGAUCCGGAAGAAAUAAUGAGAGAGUUUCUAAAGAAAUACGGAAAAAGCGAAAAGGCUAGCGAUUUAUUCGCUCGUCUAGCAGAAGAACUCAGGAAGGAGGAGGCCGCUCCAAGUGUAGCCCCGAUUAACAUCCCUCCACGACCUAGAACCCUAAUAGAAACUCCAACAUCCAAGUCCUUCUUACUCCAAACGGAACCCCCAAAAUCUCCAUCCGAAACCGUAAUUUCAGAUAUUACACCGGUAAUACCAUCCACCCAACCCAAAUUUCAAUUUGUCAAUUCUACAGUCGUACCCACUAGUACAAGGGAGAGGGAUGAACGUGAGAAAGAAAAGGGUGAUGUUGAGGCGGAAGGGGACUAG